AUGUCGAGGGUUGAAGAACUAAUACAACAUGUGAGAAAAUAUUGGAUGAUGGCAGGAACUUCUAGCCCGCAGUUUGUUAUGAUUACCACUCCACUAUGCUGUGCGGUUGGGAUAGCUUGUGUGCCUACGAUAGCCCUGCAUUACUAUUUCCUUGUGUACACCUGCGUAAAUAAUUAUGGAGGAGCUGCCUUUUUAGAUUUCGGUUCAGAUUAUGAGUGGUCGAUAGUUGUGAUUGUCAUAAUACAAUCCAUUGCAAUUUUAGUGGGCAUCAUUGCCCCAUUAUUCAGAUGCUUUGCAGCCUUAAGUUUCAAAUUGUCCCUUAAAUGGGUUAAGAAACAUACCAAGGUCUGUGAAGUAGAGAAGUACUGGACGCAAAAGUUGUCGGAGUGGAAACAGAUUCCUUUAGCUUUCCCAUUAAGUGGUCGGAUAUCAAAAGCUCUUGUCUACAAUUUGUAUCACCUCAUUCUAAACCUUUGCAUUAUCUGUCAGAAGGUAAUUGUGGCAUCAUGCAAAAUAAUAGUACUCAUUCCACUGGGCACUGUCAUUAUCAGUGUGUUUUGUGUCAAUUGCUGCAAAUCAUUGAAGGCAAACUUUUUUCUUAUGCGUAUUGCGUCAAAUCGUGAUACAAACCGAGACGAUGGAUACUAUGUUUUGCAACUUCAAGACGAGAUGGAGCUUGCGGUUGCUUGUUUUACCAACUUACCACGAGUCAUAGUAAUGAAAUGCCAGGAGGAUGCAAUUGAGAAACGAGAGGCUAGUGUUGGGGCUGCAGCGGAGCUUCUUGGUAGUACUAAGAAGAUUGAAGAUGAGAUGGAGUUGGCAGAGAUGACAGUGAAGGGCAUUUCGAAUUCCAUGAAUCGCUUGAUUCAGAAAGUUAACAAGGAACAACACAAUGAUCUUUUAGAGCUUCUUGGUAAAUCAAUUGGUUUCGAGGGAGUAGAGGAGUUUGACAUCGAUCAGGUUCAACCUCUCCUUUCUGUUGAACCUGUUAAUAGUUGGAGCUUACCGAUAGUAACCUUAACGUGUAUUGCUGUUUCUCUGCCGAACAUUCGUGAGGGAAAAGUUGAGCGCUUGUUGAAAGGUGUUGGACCGUUGGUGACUGUCUCUCGUACACCCAUCUUGUGGAAGAAAGCCUCAAUGGUGGCAGUGAAUAUGCGAAUGUUCGAAGGACAACAAGUAACUUAUGGCACGAGGUUGAAGACAACUACAAGUGGUUGGGGAUCACUCUAG